UCUAUUAGUAUGAGCCUGUGGGGGUGCAUGGUUUUUUCCAGGGCUUACUGGAAACCCACUGCUGGACAGGGACUCCAAACAAGACUGGAAGGAAAUCUCACUCAGUCCAAAGCCCAGGAGGUAUGUGUAACUUCUUCACCGCAGAAAAUUGCAUUCAUCUACCAAGGACACACAACUGCUGUGUGACAAACGUGGCCAACCUCAGUGCUUGAAUGCAAGGUCUUACAGAUUGUACCACCACCACCAUCAGGUGCCCUGGUCUCCUCACAGCACUCAGUAUCUAGUGAGAUAGCGCUGAGCAAUGUGGAAAGAGGUCAUAAACUCUACAAGUCAGCCAACCAACAAGACAGGACAACACACUUCUCUUUGGCAAUGGGAUAUUAUGCAGCGCUCCCUGCUCUCACAGCAUUGCCAUCUGGCAAGUGAAGGCCGGGGCUUGCUCUCUCCAUCUGCACAAACCAGGGCCUACAAAAUGUCCUACAGACCCGCUUCAAACAGAACAUCUGCAUGGGCUGUGUCUGGAAAUGAAAGCCUGAGAAAGGGGCUCCACUUGGUAUUGUGAAGGACGUGGGUUUGACUCAUCGCACUCUUGCAAAUCCAAAUUCCUCUGGGGCUUUGCUGACUGCCCGAGCAGUCAGACAGAGAAUUACACCGGUACACUGACGGCAAAAUCAAACCCUUGAUUUACUACUCACUAGCUCAGAGCAGAAAAGCUAAAGUACCACUUCACCCCUCCUCCUGCUCCUGGACAAACCUCUACCCGCCGGUAUAUACAAAAUGUACUUCGCAGCUCGGAACAACGGUUCUUUUAGGGACUAAGAUGUGACACCACCCCCCAGCCCAACUCGGCCACCAGCGCGCCGCAGCGGUCCCCGAGGUGUGCCGCGGCCGGCGGCGGCAGCGGCGGCGGCAGCGGCGGCGGCAGCGGCGGCGGCAGCGGCGGCGGCAGCGGCGGCGGCAGCGGCGGCGGCAGCGGCGGCGGCAGCAGCAGCGGCAGCAGCCGGCCCUGCCGCCGGCCUCCCGCCGAGUUUCUCCUGCCUCAUCCUAUGGGAGCAGAGGAGAGCGAGUCCCGCAGCCUGCAGGUGUCUCCCGGCGGAGGAGGCUGCGGAGCCCCUCGGGAUCAUGUGUGGUACCCGAGCAGAUGUUCACUCGCCCUCGGUGCUCUUUGUGAGGCAGACCCUCUCUGAUCCCGUCAGCCCGCUGAAGCACACCGACUACAAGAGGACGGCCGCACUCCCGCGCCUGCAGCUGCUCCUUUAACGUACAAAGGCAGGAUUUCAAGUGAAGAGAAGAAUGGGAGUCUGGCUGCAGCGUUUCCUUCGCUGCUACAACAACAGAGUGGAAGAGCCUGAGAGUUUUGAUAUUUGGAAAACUGGAUUCUGAAUCGUGAGAGGCUUUGACCUCCCCCCCCCCAAAUAAAACAAACCCCUUUGACUUCUUCUCUCAGCAGGAGGGGGAGGGAGGGCGGAUUUACCAUGAAGACAAAUCGAAGAUGCAGAGCCCUGCUAGCAGUGAGUCUGAAUCUGAUGGCUCUCCUUUUCUCCACAACAGCUUUUAUCACGACCCACUGGUGUGAGGGCACACAGAGGGUCCCUAAGCCGAGCUGUGGGAAAGAGAAGAAGACGAACUGCCUCAACUACAGCGGGAAUGAGACUGCAAAUGAGACAAACCAGAAUGUGGUUCAUUACAGCUGGGAGACGGGAGAUGACCGCUUCCUUUUCAGGUAUUUCCACACUGGGAUCUGGUACUCCUGUGAGGAAAAUAUCAAUGCUGCUGGUGAAAAAUGUCGAAGUUUUAUUGACCUUGCCCCGGCUUCUGAAAAAGGUGUCCUGUGGUUAUCAGUAGUAUCCGAGGUGUUAUACAUCAUGCUGUUAGUCGUCGGAUUCAGCCUUAUGUGCCUCGAGCUCUUUCAUUCAAGCAGCGUGAUAGAUGGGCUCAAGCUAAAUGCCUUUGCUGCUGUCUUCACUGUGCUUUCAGGUCUCUUGGGGAUGGUGGCACACAUGAUGUAUACUCAAGUUUUCCAAGUGACAGUCAGCCUUGGGCCAGAGGACUGGCGACCACAUUCAUGGGACUAUGGAUGGUCCUUCUGUCUGGCAUGGGGCUCUUUCACCUGCUGCAUGGCGGCCUCCGUUACUACCUUGAACUCUUACACUAAGACUGUCAUUGAGUUCAGACACAAGCGCAAAAUCUUUGAGCAGGGCUUUCGAGAAGAGCAGAACUUCCUAGACCAGGAAGCCAUCAAGUACUUCAGAGAAAGGGCUUCACAACACCCAGCUCUAAAUGUCACUAGCACGCAGAGGAACAGGAGUGACCAUAAUGCUCAGAAAAUACCCCCAUUCGCUACGUCAAGCUCUUCCAGUGACACAUCAAGCAGCUCUUCACUUUCAUCAGAACCAACCAGCCAGAUCUCCAUGGUUCAGGAUCAAACCCUGCUGGACAUCGCCUCCAUCACUAGAUUGGCCCCGGGACAAUCACCAAACCCUCAACCAUUUGAGCAAAGAGAUAAAAAUUUAGCAAUAUCGUGUUCCAGCCCACUCGGAGCAAGGACUAUUCCAGCAUCUUGCCCAGCCAGCCCCAGGCUCAGUCUAACACCCAGCUCAGCCAAGCCACAGCAAUACUCUGACUCCUCUCCGGUCAGUCCAGGGAUCAAUGCAACUUCCUUCUACACCUUUUGUCCUCACACAGCACAAAACAUACAAGCUUCAGCAUCAGAUCACACACUGACCCCAACCAGGAAAAGCACAAGGCCUCCAGCAACAAUGACUCCUGAAGAUAGUUCCCAGUCUCCUGGCUAUUCUAAAACUGGAUUAAAGAAUACAGGAAAGGGUUUUGAAUCAGAUCUGGAAGAUCCUGAUCAUGAAAGGAUAUUUGUAACUGCGAAGGCAUUCCAAGCCAUGGAGAAAGAACUAGAGGAUGUAAAAGAAGAACUGAAAUGCCUGAAGUGGAAAGUGAGACACAUUGGUGAGACUGUGCAGCCCUUGGCCGAAGACAGCAAGCGUUACAACGGCUAUACCCUGACGGAGCUCAAGGCAAUGGUGCAGUUUGAAGACGACCCUUACAAGGCUGCACACAAGAUCCUAACCGCGCUCUUCAGCGAUGUCUACUUGCUACAGCACUCAGUCACUGAACAGGCCUGCAACUCCCGAUCUCUGCCCAAGCCCAAAAUAGACCCAGAGCUGUACACAGUGUACUGUGACAUUCUGAAAAGCAUAUUCCCUGGAAUUAGCAGCCAGACCUUGAGGGAAGAGACACAACACGUGCAGAAAAGCAACCAGAAAGAAGUGCAAUAACACCAGAGCCCACAAGAUGUUCUGCAAAGUGAGAAGUCUCCGAUGAUUUUAGAGGGCUGAACUGUGGUACGUACCGUUGCUUGAGUCUAUCCCUUUUAGGUGUGAAUCAUCUGUAAAGAUAUUGGUGAGCUCUGAGCCCUUCAUGCCACUUGCCCAGUGAGACAGGGUGGGAAGGCAUUCUGCAUACUUCCCACAUUUUAGAAAAAAAUUGCCCCUUUAAUGUCUCUUUCAAUAUAUGGACAUUUCUUUGUUUCCAGCAACUACAAAUGCUGACAAAAGAAUCCAGAGAAGGCAUUGUAUGUCCAAGCAAGGGCCUUUUCCCAGCCCCAAACAGACCAACCAACCAGCAUCUGGGUAGUUUCUAUUUUCUAGAGUAUAUCAUUCAUUAAAUGACAUUACUUGUUAGAAAA